CAAACGAGCCUUCUCAACAAUAAUAUUCCUCACUCUCCUCAAACCCCUCGUAACUCCUCUCCCUUCUUUCUCUGCAAAAAAAAAUUUAAUAAAAUUUCAGAAAAAAAUUAAGGGAAAAAAAAAAAAAGAUAACUAUGCUAGAAACGGUGAAGUACUUGAUGGGCUCGCCGGGCCCCAGCGGGUACGGCUCGAAGACCACCGCCGAGGACGUAACCGCGGCGGCAGCGGCGGCGUGUUCCGAUCUCCGCUGCAUCACCGCGAUCGUCACCGGUGCGACGUCGGGGAUCGGGGCGGAGACGGCGCGCGUGCUGGCGAUGCGCGGGGCGCGGCUGGUGCUGCCGGCGCGGACCCUGAAGGCUGCCGAGGAGACGAAGGCUCGCAUCGCAGCUGAAUUCCCCGGAGCGGAGGUCUUCGUCCUCCCCCUCGAUCUCAGCUCCCUCUCCUCCGUCCGCUGCUUCGCCUCCCGAUUCCUCUCCCUCCGCCUCCCCCUCAACCUCCUCAUAAACAACGCCGGCAGGUUCUCGUACGAUCGUGCCUUGUCGGAGGACGGCGUCGAGAUGACGUUCGCCACAAAUUAUCUUGGGCAUUUUUUGUUGACGAAGCUGCUGCUGGAGACGAUGGCGGAGACGGCGCGGGCGAGCGGGAUCGAAGGCCGCAUCGUGAACGUCUCCUCCGGCAUCCACGGGUGGUUCUCCGGCGACAUGCUGCGAUACCUCGACAUGCUCACCAGCAAGAAGAUAGCUUAUGAUGCCACAAAAGCGUACGCGCUGUCGAAGCUCGCCAACGUCCUCCACACCAAAGCGCUGGCGGAGAGAUUGAAGGAGAUGGGUGCAAACGUAACUGCGAACUGCGUGCACCCGGGAAUCGUCCGAACCCGACUCAUCCGUGACCGCGACGGCUUCAUCACCGAUCUGCUGUUCCUCCUCGCGUCCCGACUUCUCAAAACGAUUCCGCAGGCCGCGGCGACGACGUGCUACGUGGCGACACACCCCGCACUGCAGGGCGUUUCGGGGAAGUACUUUGCCGACUGCAACGAGGCGGCGCCGUCGAAGUCGGCAUCCGACGGGCAGGCAGCAUCGCAGCUGUGGCGUGCCUCCGAAGCCAUGACGGCCGAGAAGGCUGCCGGACGCUUCCCGGAAAAGUCACAGGAAAUAUAAGCAUGGCAGGAUGCAAAAUAGAGUGUACACAAUCAACGGUCUAUGAUGCAUCAGGUGCAUCGAAGACGGUCUAUGAACAUGUAGCAGCACAAUAGCAUAACUUCACGAACUUUGAUCUAUGAUCCGCCAGGUGAACUAAAAAUAGCCCUUUGGUUUAUGGUGCACCAGGUGCAACAAAAACAGUCCGCGAAUACGUGGCAGUACAGUACUAUAACUCCACGGACUUUAGUAUAUAGUAAUAAUAGAUAGAUUGUAAAUGUAAAUAUUUUUUUUCUUUUUACAUGUAUAUAUUUAUGGUGAAGGGGUACAAUGGUAGGUGGAAAGUGGUGAAAUGUUAUUACUGUUCAAAAUUAUUUUUGAAUU